CCACAUGGUGGUGCUGUGAAAUGCACUUCCAACAAGCCCACGUGACGUCACCAGACUUGUUUGUUUUGAAUUGUGCCGCGACAUCUUAGACAUUUCUAAUAAAGUCAGAUUAUGUUUUAGUGGCUGUUUCAGCACACUUUAGGGGUGUAGAUCUUUAACUUCACUGUCGAUAUGUCGGUCGGAGAGGACGAAACGCUUCAGCGACUGAAGGCAGCUGUACAUUACACUGUUGGUCAACUGUGUCAGAAGAUGGAAGAAGAACACCGGACGAAAUUUAGCCGGCAGGUCGUUGCCGCAAUAGCAGAGACAACCUUCAGACAAAGUGACAUCUUUGCCAAAGACCUGGAGGCGUUUGCAAGGCAUGCCAAAAGAUGUACGGUGUCUGCAGAGGACGUCAAACUGUUGGCUCGCCGCAGCACCGCACUGGCUGUCUACAUACAAAAUAAGAGUGAAGAGCUGGAACAAGAGCACAAAGAUUUGAAAAAAAAGAAUUCUUGGAAGAGGAAAGGCAGAGACACCGAGAACAGAGAAUAAAAGGUUUAAUAAUGUUUUCUCUUCUUCAGUAUAGGUGAAUAAACAAAGCAAACUUUUACAUCA